UUGAGUCAAAGGAUUUUAUAUCUGUAUUAUUAUUGUCUGUAUUUGCAUUAGGAUAAAGUAACUGCCUUUUGGUUCCAGAGGGUACAGCUACUAUUGGUUCAUUUAAGCUGCUGUAUUUGGAUCCUCUGUCUUAUUGGUUCCCUCCAAAAGGCAGCACUGUGAUUGCUUGAUAUUGUUCCCUCCAAAAUGUAUCCCUUCCUAGCUAGUCCCCUGUCCCUAUAAAUGUAGCCUUCCUGCCCUCACAGUCAGUCUUGUUCACUUUAAUAAAGAGCUGUUACUAGAGAACAGUCUCCAGCAUGUUUUGUCAAGAGAGCUGAAAUCACAAACCCCACGUCACAACAACUGGCGACGAAGGUGGGAUCCGGAAUGCUGAGGAGCGGUUAAGCACAACCCUGCCUCAGAGUCCGGAUUGCAGCUGAGAACAAGACUCACUGGCCAGCUGAGAAGACGACCCUGCCCGCUAGGACAAUGGAGAGUCCAAGGGUAUUGGAGCCCUUCCAGCCAUCAGAGCCCCACACCUGGGAAGACUACGUCGAACGCUUCGAGUUCUUUGCAGUGGCUCAAGGGAUCACCGAUGCCAGCAAAAGAAGGGCCACAUUCCUGAGCUACUGUGGGCCCGAGACCUUCAAGCUGGCCAAGGCAUUACUUGCUCCAGCGAAGCUGAGUGAGACAUCUCUCAAAGAUAUUCUUGCCUGCCUAACAAGCCACUUGGCGCCUACUGAGACCAAGAUGGCCCGGCGGAUGGAGUUCCAUAAGAGGCAGCAGCAUGCUGGGGAGUCUGUAUCCGCAUUUCUGGCUGAACUCCGGAAGCUCGCUCAGCACUGCGGCUUCCAAAAUCUGGAAGAGACUCUCCUGGAUCGGUUUAUUGGUGGUCUGAGCAGCAAGAAAGCCAGAAGACGCAUCGUGGCUAAAGAAGAGGUUACCCUUGCUUCAGCCUUGAAGGAGGCCACCGCCACGGAGAAUUAUGAAAGAGAGGAGCUUGAUGCCAGUCGCAAGGCCACUAUCAAGUGCACGGAUGUUUGCUGCCAGGAGACUAUUGCCGCUAUUGUAUUCGCCUGGCCUGUCUAUAAUUCUGCCCUCUCACUCUUCAAGGGAAAUGAGGGGCAAGAUGACAUCCACAUUUCUGACAUCCAGAGAAACAAGGAAAGAGUCACAAUUGCCUGCGCUUGCCUUCUCGGAUGUAGGGAUAUCAGGGAAUUCUGA